CCAGAGUAACAAUCGCUAAUAUCGAUCUUCUCUGCCUCGUGAACUCUCUAAUCAACUCUAUGGAUUCACAGAGCCCGAACACUUCUCUGCAACGACUCCAAAAUGUUGAGAAGGUACUUAAUAUCUUCUCUUUUUUUCUUCUUUUUAUAAUUAAAUAUUUCAAAAAUAAUUAUUUAUUUAUGUUUUAUAUUAUUUUGGGGUUGUACCAGAGGAUCGUUAGGGUUUUGGAACUGGCCGGAGGAGUAAUGGAUGAACUGUCAAACCCUAGCGGUCCCAGGAAGGAACUGGUUAACAACCAAUGCGGAGAGUUCAUGCAGUUGAUCAAGGACAUUCAAGUGACGCUGCGGGAAGAAAUCAAAAGUGCAUGUGAGUACCGUCCUUUUGAGAAGUGUGACUACAUUUCAAGAAUAUCUAAUGAGAUCUGUUGCAAGAAACUGGAAUACGUCAUCGGGCAGUUGGAUGGAAUGAAACAAACAAUUGAUGAAUAUCAUGAUGCAGUUUGAAGGCUUUCCUGGCUGGUCAGAGUUGUUAAAUUAAUUUCUCCAUUGGAUCCUCUGUUCACGAGAUUGACAGUACAAUAGUUUUCAUAAUCAUUUGUUGUGUCAAUUCUGCAGGGUUAGAAGAGCGGGAAACAAAUUGAAUUCUCUAAGAAUAUGUAGAUGUUACCUUCAAUUUUAUCUUAUUUUGCCAAAGACAUAUAUGUAUCAUAUAAUGUUUGUAGACUAUUCUGCUUUAUAGGAUGAAACUGGUAUAUGCUUAAGAGUUAUAUCUUUUCAACUUCAAACACUGAAAUGACUGAUUGAGUCUGUUUUUGCUCAUUAUUAGAGAUUUAUAUCAUCUAUCAUCUUCUGAUUUAA